AUGGAGCCCCUAUUGCUCAAAAUUGUUUAUUUGUUCCUUGUGGCAUCUCAUGUCGCUGGUGCCGUUGACUAUCACGUUUACAAAGACACGGAUGGUGAUGAGGUGCUCGACGUACCAGUAUACCCAGCCAAUACCACUUCUCGGCCGACGCAGAAGAGGAGCACUACAGACAGCCCCAUGUGUUCGCUUAAUUACGGUUUGGCCCAUGUCCAAGAGGCACCCGUCAAUAUUCAGCAUCUCAAAGACGUUGAAAACGUGACAUGUGCUGUGCCAGUGGAUAGUUGCGCACGGGUGUCAAACUCGAACUUGUCGUCAAUAUUUGUGUGCAAUUAUGUCAGUACACAAGUCGCAAUAGCAUUAACCGAAACGAACUGCAACUCUAACAAUAUGGCAGGGUUCUACAUCGAUCCGCACAAAGUGCGGGAAUCUAGUGGAGCCUGCGGAAAAGGUCUUCAGCGCCUGCAAGAUUUGCGACUAUUACAAUUAUGGCUAUGUCGAGCAGACAAUCCUAGAUGGCACCGUCACAUCUACGUAUUACCUAGCCCUGGGAGGAGAGUUCCCCAAUUCGGCCUAGGCUCCUCACCUGAUAGGGCGACGAACGCAGUAAAUUUACCGUGUGUUCUAGCAUGA